GGCCCGUUGUUGGCUGAAAACCUCGAUGUUCGGUGUAUCCCGUUUAAGCAGAGAAAGGCCUUGACAUUCAAUCUCUGCGGUAAGUAAAAUAAUGUACGAGCUAGUUUAUCAUCUUCAUGAAGUGAUCACGUCGAAUCAGCUUUGAGUUUGUUACCUGCUUCUUUCAGUAUAUUGGGGACAGUUGCGCAUGGGCACAUGGACAAGAGUAUCGUGGCCUCUUGAAACGCGAUUUCCGACGCACUUGUCGCCUUAAUUUCCUACAAGGGGUUGGGGGUGGUGGAGGGGUUAGGGGAAUACAGGGUUCGUAAUUGAUGAUAAGAGUUGUAUAGAAAUAUUUUAAGGUUUGCAAUAUCGUAAAAUAUUGCGAUGAAUAUAUACUUUUUUAAAAAAGUCAAAAUAUUACUUAUUGUGAGAGAGAACCUCGAAUUUUGGCGAUUUGGAGGGUCUUGCAUGGGAUCUUUAUAUUGGAGCGUUGUAUUAGAGCAUUUUAAUUCAGUUGACGGAAUUAAUUUCAUUUCAGGUGGAGACGAAUGGAAACUACUUGCAGAGAAGCUUGGUAUGUCUUACGACGAAAUCCGCGAGCUCGACAAGAGAACUUUAAACCCUUGCGACGUUGCUCUUAAUCUUGUGGCAAAUUCUCGUCAUUUAAAUGUUGGAGAAGUUUAUGACAUUUUAGUGGAAUGUGAGCUUGCGGGAUCCGCAGACUUACUGUAA